UGACGUAAUUUGUGUCCUCAUUUCCUCCUUCUUCCUCCGCCGCAUGCUUUUCUGACCAGCUGUGGGUAACAGAAGACAAUAUGAAUCAAGAGAAACUGGCUAAACUUCAAGCCCAAGUCCGAAUAGGGGGCAAGGGUACAGCACGUAGGAAGAAGAAGGUCGUCCACAGAACGGCAACAGCCGAUGACAAAAAACUUCAGAGUUCAUUAAAGAAGCUUGCUGUGAAUAACAUUGCUGGCAUUGAGGAGGUUAACAUGAUAAAGGAUGAUGGGACAGUGAUUCACUUCAAUAACCCCAAAGUGCAGGCGUCUCUCUCUGCCAACACGUUUGCCAUCACGGGCCACGCGGAGACCAAGCAGCUGACAGAGAUGCUUCCUGGCAUUCUCAGUCAACUUGGUGCAGACAGUCUUACAAGUCUGCGUAAAAUCGCCGAGCAGUUCCCCCGACAAGUUCUCGACAACAAAGCCCCCAAAGCAGAGGAUAUUGAUGAAGAGGACGAUGAUGUCCCAGAUCUGGUAGAGAACUUCGACGAAGCAUCGAAGAACGAAGCGAACUGAUCAUGCAAGACAUCUUUAAUUGGGACUGCAGUUCAGGAGAGACCCUGUUGCAGUAUUUUUAAAUUAGAUAACAGACAUAUCAUUUCAACACUAUUCCAGCAAACCAGAGACUUUUGUAUUUUAAAUUGGCAGUCUGCCCAGAUAAUCCUCAUCAGCCUGUCUCUUGCACUUAAAACAAGAUGGCGGUUAUGUGCUAUGACUUACAGUUCCGAAUGAAUACCACAUGGUCAAUCUUGAUUGAUUGGUGUGGUUAAGGAAUGACUAGUCUUAAUUAUUAUUUUUGUCAAUGAAACAAUAAAUAUCAUAAACCUUUU